ACGAAACGUAGAAGUUUCAGUGUUCAUUUGCCAACCGUUGGCAUCGGUUCUGGUUCUCGGUGGCGCUCUAAUUUGUAUCACAUACACGCAUGUAUAUAACUCUACUAUUGUGCAUAUACUAAAUACUUGUGGGCUAUAGCUACGCUAGAUUAUAACGCUACAAAUAUAUACUACAAAAUACUGCAGGUAUCAGGUUUGACGUUGUUUAACUUGCAUCGUAUUUCUUGUGAAAAAAGAAACACUUUGGAGCCUAUAUAAUAAAAAAAGCAACAAAAGGCAACAAAAAACGUGAUACACAGACACUGUAUACAGUAUUGUAGAAACACGUGGGUUCUCGGCGAGCGACUACAAACGAUCACUACUAACCAACGACGAUCACAUUUUGUCAAGCACACACGCAAUCACCAUACCGAUACAGAUGAGUACACGAGUUGUUGCGCUAGUAUUUAUGAACAUACAAAUAUUGUGCGGCAUGCUUAGUGCGAACAAGUAGUAUUCGUGAGUACUUUUACCCAGCGCGUAGUGACAUUAUUGAUUUAUUUAAAAAGUAAAGCAAAAAGGCGCAAAUUUCACUCGCAUUGACAUUGUGUCGGUCUCGCGUUUGGCGCUCUGUGAAAAUCAAUUUCAAUUAAAGUACGCGCAACGGAAGUGUCGCUAAUUUUCUCAAACACGCUUGCGUUAGUUGUACGUAAGAAUUUAAGAAUAAAAGUUGUUCUGGACCAACGCGCAGCGAGAUGAGUUCGAAAGCAACGCUCGUCGGCGGCAAGCAGCUCUUGGUGGUGGGCAGCGGUGGACGCGAGCACGCGAUUUGCUGGAAGCUGGCGCAGAGUGAGCAAGUGGUCAAAAUCUACGCAUUGCCCGGUAGUCAUGGCAUAGCUCAAGUGCCCAAGUGCGCCAACCUGAGUGAUGUAAACGCAAAAGAUUUCCAGGGUAUCGCCAGCUGGUGCAAGAAACAAUCUAUAGAUUUGGUUAUUGUUGGCCCCGAAGAUCCAUUAGCCAAUGGGCUCGGUGAUGCGCUCAACAAGGCUGGCGUACGUUGUUUCGGUCCCAAUAAGAAGGGCGCUCAAAUUGAGUCGGACAAAAAGUGGGCUAAGGACUUUAUGCUGCGGCAUAGUAUUCCGACUGCACGUUACGAGUCGUUUACCGAUGUUAACAAGGCAAAGGAGUUCAUAAAUAGCGCCCCCUACAAGGCACUCGUCGUUAAAGCUGCCGGUCUGGCCGCCGGCAAAGGUGUCGUAGUAGCGGCAGACACCGUUGAAGCCUGUCAGGCGGUCGAUGAGAUAUUGGGUCAACGCAAGUAUGGUAAUGCAGGCGAAACGGUAGUCAUCGAAGAAUUACUCGUUGGCGAGGAAGUAUCCGUACUCGCAUUUGUCGAUACGCAACAUGCGCAGGCGAUGUUGCCCGCACAGGAUCACAAACGUUUGCGCGAAGGUGAUGAGGGCCCAAAUACUGGCGGCAUGGGCGCCUAUUGCCCCUGUCCAUUAAUACCACCCUCCGAUUUGGAACGUAUUAAUAGAGCUAUACUGCAGAAAGCCGUAGACGCUUUACGUCAGGAGGGUAUACACUAUUGUGGUGUACUUUAUGCGGGUCUAAUGUUGACCGCUGAUGGUCCUAAGGUGUUGGAGUUCAAUUGCCGCUUUGGUGAUCCGGAAACGCAAGUCAUAUUGCCAUUACUUGAGACUGAUUUGUAUGCUGUAAUGAGCGCUUGCUGCGAGAAUCGGCUGAAGGAAGUACAGCUACAGUGGCGUGAGGAUGUAAGUGCCGUUGGUGUGGUCAUGGCCAGUGCUGGCUAUCCGGAGACCUCGACAAAGGGUUGCGUUAUCGAAGGUUUACCACCAAAUACUGCCAAUGAACUGAUCUUCCAUAGCGGCGUAGCAGUCAAUAAGGCGGGACAGUAUCUUACCAAUGGUGGACGUGUACUGAUAGCGGUAGCGCUGCGUCAGGAUUUACGUGAAGCAGCGGCUGAUGCCACCAAAAUAUGUCAAGGCAUCACAUUCUCGGGUGCAGGCGCACAAUUUCGUACCGAUAUUGCGGAGAAAGCAUUCAAAAUGCUAAAGACGUACGUUCCAACACCCAAAGCGCUCUCCUACAAGGAUAGUGGUGUUGACAUAGAUGCGGGCGAUGAUCUGGUACAACGCAUAAAACCGUUGUCGCGUGGCACGCAAAGAGCCGGUGUUGUGGGAGGUUUGGGUGGCUUCGGUGGCCUAUUUCGCUUGAAUGAGCUGAAUUAUAAAAAUCCUGUGAUCUGUGAGGCCAUAAAUGGUGUGGGCACCAAGAUAAAACUGGCGCUCGAACAUGAAAUGUACGAAAGCAUCGGCUAUGAUCUGCUCGCUAUGUGCGCCAAUGAUGUGCUAGAGUCUGGCGCUGAACCAGUUGCAUUCUUGGACUACAUAGCUUGUGGUAAGCUACAAGUGCCGGUGGCUGCACAAAUAGUCAAGGGUAUUUCCGACGGCUGUCGUGUGGCCGGUUGUGCGCUCUUGGGUGGUGAAACUGCUGAAAUGCCCUCGGUCUAUGAGGUGGGUAAAUACGAUAUCGCCGGCUAUAGCGUGGGCAUACUUGAGGCUAGCAAGGAAUUGCCGAAAUUCCAGCAAUACGAAGAGGGAGAUUUACUGAUAUCGUUGCCAGCGAAUGGACUGCAUUGUGCAGGCUUCCACGCGCUGUUAAAACAGCUUGAGGUGGCCGAUAUCGAUUUGACCGUCAAGUGCGAGUUCGGCGAUGAGACAAAAACGCUAGGUCAACAGCUCUGUGAACCCUCCCGAAUCUACGUGAAAGAAGUACUCGCUCUUCUACGCGAAUGCGAUGUCAAAGCUAUUUCACAUAUAACCACCGGUUUGCUGCCAGACGUACAGCGCAUUAUACCGCCAGAUCAUGAGAUAUCGCUGGACUUUGGUGAUCUCAAAAUCCCAGCAAUUUAUGGCUGGUUAGUGGGCAAGCUACGCUUGAGUCCACAAACACUUUUGGACAAUCUGAACUGUGGUAUUGGACUGGUUUUGGUUGUGCCAAAGAAUUGCAACGUUUGGAAGCGUCUGCUUGGCGCCGGCGCUAAAGUGUUCGGUGUGUUGAAACGUAAAAGACAGUCGUGCCAUCAAAAACAUCAAAUUGAGGUGCGUAACUUCGUAGAAGGUGUGGAGAAAAUCGCCGAACGUUUUGGCGGUCUAACCGAAAGGAGUACGCGCACACUGGAUGAGCCGCAUGAACGUGACUUAGCUUUGGAGCUGUGUGAUGGCGCUUUGACACAACAGCGCAAUGAAACUGUCACCACAAAAUUGGGCAGACGUUUAACGGGCGUACCACAGACAUACAAGGACCCCGUCUUGGUGCUGGGCACUGAUGGUGUGGGCACCAAAAUUAAGAUUGCACAACAAACCGAACGCAAUGGCACGGUUGGCAUUGACUUGGUGGCGAUGUGCGUCAAUGACAUAUUGUGCAAUGGUGCUGAACCACUGACUUUUUCGAGUUAUUAUGCGUGCGGUGAUUUGGUGGAAGAGACGGCGACUACCAUAACUGGCGGUGUGAUUGAGGGUGCGGCACAAGCAGGCAGCAGUUUAGUAGAGACACACAUUACUGAGGUGCCGCUGCUUUAUCCAUCGGAUGUGUACGAUCUUGCCGGUUUCUCACUUGGCAUUGCAGAAUACAGUCGCCUAUUGCCACGCACUGAGGAAAUUCGUGCUGGCGAUAUACUCAUUGGACUACCGUCCUCUGGUGUGCACAGUAAUGGCUUCAGUCUUGUGCAUGCCAUCAUGAAACAAGCUGGCGUUACAUUUGCAGACAAAGCCCCUUUCAGUAAUCACACAUUCGGGGAGGAAUUCCUUACACCAACACGCAUUUAUGUCAAGGCACUGCUGCCACUCAUACAACAGGGUCAUAUCAAGGCCUUGGCACAUAUUACUGGUGGUGGACUGACUGAGAAUAUACCACGCGUACUGCCUAAAAACUUAGCUGUGCAACUGGAUGCCACACAGUGGAAUCUACCACCCGUCUUUGGUUGGCUUGCUGCGCAGGGUAAUGUAGCGCCUCAGGAAAUGCAACGCACCUACAACUGUGGACUGGGCGUGAUCUUAGUGGUUGCACCGAAAUAUGAGCAGUCCGUGUUGGCUGAAUUACAGUAUCGUGAGCGCGCGACACGCGUAGGCGUGGUGCAGAAACGCGCCAAAGCUGAUGCGCCACAGGUUGUAGUGGAGAAAUUCCAAAGUUGCUUGCAGCGCGCGCAGAAAUUGCAAAAUAAGCCACGCAAACGUGUUGCGGUGCUGAUCUCUGGCACUGGCAGUAAUCUGCAAGCGCUCAUCGACGCCUCUCGCGAUAGCGCACAAGGUGUGCAUGCCGACAUCGUCUUGGUAAUAUCGAAUAAAGCGGAUGUGUUAGGUCUGGAGCGCGCGAAAAAUGCUGGUAUACCCGCGGAGGUGGUCUCACAUAAGGAGUUUGCAAAACGCGAGGACUUUGAUGCGGAAGUGAGUAAGAAAUUGGUGGAGCACAAUGUGGAUCUGGUGUGUUUGGCUGGAUUUAUGCGUGUGUUGAGUGAGCAGUUUGUGCGCCAGUGGAAAGGACGCUUGGUGAAUAUACAUCCGUCAUUGUUGCCCAAACAUCCUGGUUUGAAAGUACAACAGAAGGCGCUUGAUGCGGGCGAUAAAGAGUCCGGCUGUACGGUGCACUUUGUAGAUGAGGGUGUUGAUACCGGUGGCAUUAUUGUACAAGCUAGCGUGCCGAUACUGCCGAAUGAUACCGCAGAAACUUUGUCAAAUCGCAUACAUGUAGCGGAGCAUUUUGCUUUCCCCAAAGCGUUGCGUCUAUUGGCCACCGAAUCCGUCAAACUGGGUGCGGAUGGUAAAGUGCUUUUUACCUGAUUUUUUCUUUUGUAAUUUUCAGUAAUAAUUUUUCGGGGGGAAACAGCAUGCAGUCUUUAUGGCCAUAAUCUACUUCAAAAUACAAAAUAUCAACUGUAACACACUGCUCUUAACACAUUGAAAUCCGUAAUAUCUUUCUAUACAUACAUAUGUAUAACAACAAAAUGAAAAAACAAUAAUAGCAUUUAUAAAACAAAUAGAAUGUAGUAUGUAUAAUAAAGUUUAAAAAACUUGUAAAAAAUAGGUUAAAUAAAAUUUAUUUAAGAAAAA